GCAAAGGUAGAUUGACACAAUUGGCACAACGCGAGCGUAGCCCUGGGAUUUGGUUGAGAAAAGUAGCGAAAUUGAUAUUUGGUGCAUUGUGUGUGCAUCAGAGGAAAAAUAAUUCAAAAUGAAAGUGCCCUCGUGAUAGCAAUUUCGGCGAGAGGAAUAGAAUUUUGGUGCAUUUGAAUUUUUUUAGUUUACACCGAUUUUUCAAAACGCAUCGUUUGCCCAACAUUCAACAGCAUGCUAUCCUUUUAACCAUAUCGUGAAACGAACGAACCUGAUCAGAUAUUUUAUUUAUCGUUCGUUAGCUGGGAAACUGGCCAAACUGUACAGAAAUUCGUUCGGCUUUGUGAAUCGUACGUCAUAAACCCUCGUAUCCAUCAUACAGAAUUUGAGAAGAUCAGAAGGCCUGGUACAGGCACGUUCAAGAGCCGUGGUGGUUGGUGAAUGGUGUUGCAGAUAGACUCGGUGUGGGGUUGGGCGUCACCCCCGCUGCGCCUCCAGCUAGGGGGGUCUAGGGGCGCCUCGGGGAGAGCGGCCGCGGGCGCCCCGUCCUCGCAGAGGAUGGGUGAAAUGGUCGUGGAACGAGCGCCAUCCCCAGCCCGCCUCAGUCAUACAUCCGAGAAACAUCCUCGUGCUACGCUCACGGAACUGAAUGUCCUUCGUCGCCACCGUGAACUCUGCGAUGUUGUCCUCAACGUUGGUUCCAGAAAAAUAUUUGCGCACCGGGUUAUUCUAUCGGCGUGCAGUCCGUACUUCAGAGCAAUGUUUACUGGGGAGCUGGCGGAAUCUCGACAAACUGAAGUUACAAUACGUGAUAUAGACGAAAUGGCGAUGGAAUUACUGAUAGAUUUCUGUUACACGUCUCACAUAAUCGUCGAGGAAGCGAACGUUCAAACUCUCCUUCCAGCAGCGUGCCUUCUCCAGCUAGCAGAGAUUCAAGAUAUAUGUUGCGAGUUUCUCAAACGCCAGUUAGAUCCUUCUAAUUGUCUAGGAAUACGUGCGUUUGCGGACACUCAUUCGUGCCGUGAACUGUUGAGAAUCGCGGACAAGUUCACCCAGCAUAAUUUUCAGGAAGUAAUGGAAAGCGAAGAAUUUCUAUUACUACCUGUCGGCCAAUUAGUAGAUAUCAUUUCGUCGGAUGAAUUAAACGUACGAACGGAAGAACAGGUAUUCAGCGCUGUUAUGAAUUGGGUUAAGUACAACGUGACCGAGAGAAGGCAACAUUUGGCGCAAGUCCUUCAGCAUGUACGAUUACCCCUUCUUAGUCCAAAGUUUUUAGUUGGAACUGUAGGCUCUGAUCUUUUGGUUCGAUCCGACGAUGCGUGCAGAGACUUGGUGGACGAAGCUAAGAAUUAUUUGCUACUCCCUCAAGAGAGACCGCUGAUGCAGGGACCCAGAACACGACCCCGUAAACCAACUAGACGCGGCGAAGUUUUGUUCGCCGUUGGAGGAUGGUGUUCCGGCGAUGCGAUAGCUAGCGUUGAAAGAUUCGAUCCGAACACCGCCGACUGGAAGAUGGUCGCGCCGAUGAGUAAAAGAAGAUGCGGCGUCGGAGUGGCUGUAUUAAAUGAUUUGUUGUACGCGGUUGGGGGUCACGAUGGACAGAGUUAUUUAAAUAGCAUCGAACGAUACGACCCGCAAACGAAUCAAUGGUCUUGCGACGUUGCACCCACUACGUCGUGUAGAACUAGUGUAGGUGUUGCAGUAUUGGAUGGUUUCCUUUAUGCGGUAGGUGGUCAGGAUGGUGUCCAAUGUUUAAACCACGUUGAAAGAUACGAUCCCAAGGAGAAUAAAUGGUCCAAAGUAUCGCCUAUGACUACUAGAAGACUUGGAGUGGCUGUUGCCGUGUUAGGUGGUUAUUUAUAUGCCAUCGGCGGGUCUGAUGGGCAAUCACCUUUGAACACGGUAGAAAGAUACGACCCAAGACAAAACAAAUGGUCUCAAGUAUCCCCUAUGUCUACUAGACGUAAGCAUCUAGGCUGUGCUGUAUUUAAUAAUCUAAUUUAUGCCGUUGGAGGAAGAGACGAUUGCAUGGAACUGUCCAGCGCAGAACGGUAUAACCCUCACACGAACUCUUGGAGUCCGAUAGUAGCUAUGACAUCAAGGAGAAGCGGAGUGGGAUUAGCGGUAGUGAAUGGUUUGCUGUAUGCCGUGGGUGGAUUCGAUGGAACUGCCUAUUUGAAAACUAUCGAAGUAUAUGAUUCGGAACAAAAUCAAUGGAAAUUAUGUGGUUGUAUGAAUUACAGGAGGCUCGGCGGAGGUGUGGGAGUAAUGCGAGCCCCACAAACUGAAAACUACAUUUGGUAGCUCAGGCCCCCCUCUUCAGCCCAAAUGGCUGAAACUCCUUUAACACCUCUCACACCGAUAACCCCUGUUACACCUGUCACCCCUCCCGCUCCUGUAUCGGUUCCUGUUGUUAUAACUAAUACUAGAAAACGCUACCGCCGAUCAAUGAGCAUUAUAUAAGUAACAUGUGCGUUUAACAAGACUUUGCCUUUCUAAAGUCACUUUUAUUCGCGUAUCUGUUAGCCUUCAUUAACUUAUCAUUCAUUUUUAGACAUCAGUCAUUUUAUUUAAGAUUCGUAUUCUACUAAACAUGAAUGUAUAUUUUUUUUCUUUCUUUUUUAAUGUAAGAAAACACAUUAUGCUCCAACUGCCACGAUUUUAUCAUUUUCUUUCUAAGUAAGAUUUUGUAAGAUAUUAUUUCCUAUAUUAUUUACACAUUCUUUUUAUGCAUUACGAGAUACAUUUGAUUCCAGUCGUUUUAGACUUAAGUGUUAUAUUGUAACUUCUUCUUUCUUUUUUUGUUAUAGCGGAAAGGCAAAAUCUUCUUUCUUUUUUUUCUUUAAACUAAUAUUUUUAUCUCGAUGGAACGUUCGCUGUUUCCAUUCUUUUCAGUGAUCGAAGAAAAGAAACAUAUUUCAAAGCCCUCAUUAAACACCGGAAGUACGUUACGAAGGGCUGCUUGUGCACCAAUUGAUACAAAGAAACAAAAAUAAAGAUUUAAUCAAACGAAACGUUUCUGUCUCGAUAGUAUGCUUUUUACAACGUAUUUUUAUCAACAAGACUGAACUGAAACCAAAAGUUUAUGUAUAUCUAAAUAAAUGAAACAAAUGUUUCAGGCUCUAAGCACACUUCUGUUUUUAAGACAAUGUAUGAAAUACACUAGUAAGUUAUAGGAUGAAUUUUUAUUAAGUAACGAAUGUGUUGUAGUUUCGAAAUUUAGGUUUCUUCAUUUUCUUUCCUGUACUUCAUUAUGAAAAAAAGAAGAGAAACUUGAUGAAUUUGCGUUUCGUUCAAGAUAAUUAGUCUUAUUGUACAAAAUGGUGAUAGGGAUCAUUAAUCCAACAAUUUCAUAAUGUAACGUUUGUGAUAAUAAUCUAGUAAGAGUCAGCAGAGUUCGGCUGAAUGUGAGCAAUAUUUUACUAACAAUAACGAAUAUUAUUUUAUAAUUAUUUGAAUAGAAAAAUUAUAAAGAAAACUGUAAAGAUUUUUCUUGAUUAAUUACAAAAUUGAAAGUUUCACUAGUUGUGUUACAUCUAUGAGAUUGUUGACAAAAAAAAAAUAAAUAAAAGAACACAUGACUAGUAUAAGGAUAUACUGAACGAUACGAUGUAACUGUCUAUAAAUCACUUGUUACAAAAUAUCAUUAUUAGAAACUACAAAUUCUCAACAUUGUAUCAUGACCUUCUUCAAACGGAACCACCAGUUUUAAUUAGAAGUAUAAAUCGUGAAAGAAUUUCUAUUUCUUCAUAAACACGGUAAAUUUGUAAAAUCAAUGUAGCAUAAGCGAAGUAAAUUAUGUUGAGUUCGAUUAAUCAAAUUAGCGAAUUAAAAUGGUACAAAUUAUUGUAAUUACUAAACCGAAGUUCAAAAAAUAAGUGUUCAACAUCAGAUUCGAUUUUCAAGUAGUUAAAAGAAAACAUAGCUACGACAGAGAAUGUUACUGUUUUCAAAAAAUUUCAAAUCCUGCACAAUUGUAGAUGUUUGAUUUUCAAUGACAUUUCAUUUAUCAUCUUUCAGGAAUUUUUCAUUGUCUGUUUAUGAGUCCUAUUAUCGGAGCAGACAAUCAAAAGAAUAUCAAUGCAGAAUAGAAUGUAACAUGUGGGAAAUUGAAAAAUUCAAUGAUUUUAUGAUUGUAUGUAAACAAGUGGAAAUAGAAAUAAAAAUACAGUAUUAAAAUGUUACUUUGCCCAACUUUAGUUAUUUUCAAAAAGUUCAAUUUAUUCUACUCCAGCAAAAAAUUACAUUCUAUUCUGCAUAAUAAGAGAACAAACCUUUUACUAUCAUUUUUCAAUCUUCAAAAAAAAGUUUCAUAUACAUUAUCUGAACAAAUUCUGAAAAUGUAGUACAAAACAAUAUAUGAAGUACUCUUUUCAGU